AUGUCCUUCGCCGUUCAAGGCCGAGCUGCUAUCGUGACGGGGGCAGGUUCAGGAAUUAACCUGUCCUUCGCCAAACUUCUCCUCGAGCAUGGAUGCAAUGUCCUGUUCGCCGACCUAGCUCUACGUCCAGAGGCAAAGACGUUAGUGGAUCAAUACUCAGCGAAGGGGAAGACGCCACGAGCCAUCUUCCAGCGGACCGACGUGACCGAUUGGCAACAGCUCGAGCGCAUGUUCGAGGUAGCAGAGCAGGAAUUUGGAGAGCUCGAUAUUGUCUGUCCUGGCGCAGGCAUCUUUGAACCGCACUGGACCAACUUCUGGCGUCCGCCGGGAACCCCUGAAAGCCGUGACCCGCGGUAUGGAGGUCGCUACGCCCUUCUUGAUAUCAACCUCACGCAUCCGAUUCGCACGACACAGCUAGCCAUUGCCCAUUUUCUGCGCCAUGGCAACAAGCAGCGACGCAAGCACAUCGUCCACAUCUCCAGUAUUGCCGGCCAGAACCCCAACUUCAUCGCCCCGAUCUAUGUCGCCACGAAACACGGCAUCAAUGGCUUGGUACGGUCGUUGGCGGGCCUGGACCAGGAGUGCGGGAUCCGCAUCACAGCUGUUGCGCCGGGAGUUAUUAAGACACCGUUGUGGACGGACCAUCCUGAAAAGCUCAAGGUAGUGAAUGAAGGGGCGGAUGCAUGGGUAACUCCAGAAGAAGUAGCAGAGGUCAUGUUGGCGCUUAUCCAACAGGACAAGGUGAGCGGUAUCAUUAGGGAUCAGAGUGGUCGUGGUCCCCAGUACCCAGUUAGUGGUGGAACUAUCCUAGAGGUCUCCAAGACAGUUCGGGCAGUAGAGCCUUUCAAUGAUGCUGGGCCUGGAGAUCGUCCAGGUAAUACGGUCUCCGAUAACAGUGCAGUGAUAAACGAGACACUUGCUCCAGUCCCAGUUCCAGUAUCCGAUUUUGGGUUUGUCUCGUGCUCUGUACCCAUCGGUCGCAGACACGGCGGCAAAGGGAAACGAAGCAUUGGACAUCAUGGCGACGCCAGUUGGGUCAGCUGUGUGAUCAACUUAGUUAACACAAUUAUUGGUGCCGGUGUUAUGGCCAUGCCGCUGGCCAUCUCUCAUAUGGGAAUCGUCCUAGGUGUCUUUGUGAUUUUGUGGUCAGGAAUGACCGCAGGUUUCGGUCUAUAUCUCCAGUCUCUAUGUGCCCGAUAUCUCGAACGAGGCACUGCAUCCUUCUUUGCCUUAUCCCAGAUCACCUAUCCUAAUAUCGCUGUCAUCUUCGAUGCCGCCAUUGCGGUCAAAUGUUUCGGAGUCGGUAUCAGCUACCUCAUCAUCAUUGGCGAUCUGAUGCCGGGCGUGGUUCAAGGAUUUGUUGGAGGUGCUCCCGACUAUGACUUUUUGGUGGACCGGCACUUCUGGGUAACAGCCUUCAUGCUGAUUGUUAUCCCUCUCUCGUACCUCCGUCGCUUGGAUUCGCUCAAGUAUACAAGUAUUGCAGCUCUGGUCUCGAUGGCCUACUUGGUGGUUUUGGUCGUAUACCACUUUGUGAAGGGGGACACCAUGGAGGACCGUGGUCCGGUUCGAGUGAUUCACUGGGCAGGCCCUGUACCUACCCUCAGCAGUCUGCCUGUGAUUGUUUUCGCGUUUACAUGCCAUCAGAACAUGUUCUCAAUCCUGAACGAGAUCGGCAACAACAGCCAUUUCCGAACCACCGGUGUUGUCCUGGCCAGUAUCGGCAGUUCUGCCGCCACUUACAUUCUUGUGGCCAUUACUGGGUACCUCUCCUUUGGAAACAGUGUCGGCGGGAAUAUCGUGAGCAUGUACCCACCGGGUCUUUGGGCCACGAUUGGCCGCGCUGCUAUCGUCAUGCUUGUCAUGUUCUCGUAUCCUCUUCAGUGCCACCCGUGCCGGGCCUCCGUUGACGCAGUGCUGCGCUGGAGGCCCAAGUCCUCGUCCAAUAGCGACACCUCCCCUCACCGGAACCCCCUCCUGGGGCAGAGGGGCGGCCGGACUGCGGAGCCGAUGAGUGACCUCCGAUUCUCGAUCAUUACGACUACCAUCCUUGUCCUGAGCUAUAUUGUGGCCAUGACUGUGUCUUCCUUGGAGGCCGUUCUUGCCUAUGUCGGCAGCACAGGAAGCACCAGCAUCAGCUUCAUUCUCCCCGGAUUGUUCUAUUACAAGAUCUCCUCUCCCGAUUCGCCCCACCACCAGCGUCUGAUGAAAGAAGACGACGAAGCAGCGGAAGGUAUGCUAUCCGAUGAUAGCAACGAUGAAGACGGAGAAGAGAGCGUGCAGGCACGCCCCCUAACCGACAGCGGCAUCCUCCGCCGAGGAAAACGCAACUGGCGCCGUACCCUUCUACGAAAGUUAAGUUUGGCACUCGUAGUAUACGGGGUGGUGGUUAUGGUCGUAUGCCUGAUCACGAACUCUGUUUUCAUUGCUUCUCACUAG